AUGGAAGCUGCAAAGGCAAUCAUCGAAGAAGAAAUCACCACAAAAUUAGAGAUUUCAACUAAUAACAGCUUCUGCGUUGCCGAUUUCGGGUGCUCCACCGGAAACAACUCGUUUCCGGCCAUGCACACGAUCAUCGAAUCUGUCAAAGGGAAAUACGAAUCCUCAGGCCUCAAAACCCCUGAAUUCUACGUGUGGUUCAACGACGUCAUCUCCAACGAUUUCAACACCCUCUUCAGUUCCCUCCCACCCGACAGAAGCUACAAGGCAGCCGCGGUCGCAGGAGACUUCCACGGCCGCCUUCUCCCACCAUCCUCCGUCCACUUUGCAUACUCAUCUUGCUCGCUCCACUGGCUGACGGAGGUGCCCAAGGCGGCGGAGUGCCUCAUGUCUGUUUGGCAUGGUGGAGAGGAGAGAGAGGAUGCUUAUGAUGCUUAUUUGAGGCAGCUCGAGAGGGAUUUGGAAUCAUUCUUGAAGUGUAGGGCUGUGGAAAUGGUGGAAGGUGGGCUUAUGGCUCUUCUAAUACCUGGAGUGCCUGAGUUUUGGGACCCACAAAAAGAGUAUACCGUUGGGUCGGUGGUCGAACUUAUCAGAUCUUCCCUCCUCGACAUGGCCAAAAAGGGAAGAUUAAGUUAUGCAAAGUUAGAAACAUUCAACAUUCCAUACCAUUUUCCCACUCCAAAGGAGGUAAGGGCCAUAUUGGAAAAGAGCAAUAGUUUCAAUAUAGAAAGAAUGGAUAUUCUGAAGAAUGGGACAUUUCUCAAUGUUGAUGGCCAUGUGGCAUGUUUUAGAGCGGUUCAUCAAAAUAUGUUUACUCUUAAGUUUGGAGCUGAAACCGUUGAUGAAACGUUCGACCUUUUAAAGAAGAAACUCCAGUCUUCACCCGCCUUUACAAAUCCUUUAAAUGAUAGAACUGUUUUCAUUGUUGCUAUCCUCAAGCACAAACAUGUUUAG